GCAGGCGCCGGUAGGCGGGUAGGCGCGGGAGCCUCGAGAGCGCUGCUCGGAUGCAGCAGCCGAGCCACCACACUGCGCGCGGCGGUAGACCCAGGACCAGCCGCCGUUGGCGCGCUGGGUGCGGGAAGAGGACUCAGUAUUUCCGUCCCUCCCCUUUUUCCUCUGAGUCUCCGAACGCUCCCGCUCUCAGACCCUCCUCCUCCCAGGUAAAGGCCGGGAGAGGAGGGCUCAUCUCUUUUCCAGGCACCCCACCAUGGGCAAUGCCUCCAAUGACUCCCGGCCGGAGGACUGCGAGACGCGACAGUGGCUUCCCCCGGGCGAAAGCCCGGCUAUCAGCUCCGCGAUGUUUUCGGCGGGGGUGCUGGGGAACCUCAUCGCGCUGGCGCUGCUGGCGCGCCGCUGGCGAGGGGACGCGGGGUGCAGCGCUGGCCGCAGGUGCUCCCUCUCCUUGUUCCACGUGCUGGUGACCGAGCUGGUGUUCACCGACCUCCUCGGGACUUGCCUCAUAAGUCCGGUGGUACUGGCUUCAUACGCACGGAACCAGACCCUGGUAGCACUGGCGCCCGAGAGCCGCGCGUGCACCUACUUCGCUUUCGCCAUGACCUUCUUCAGCCUGGCCACGAUGCUCAUGCUCUUUGCCAUGGCCUUGGAGCGCUACCUCUCGAUCGGGCACCCCUAUUUCUACCAGCGCCGCGUCUCGCGCUCCGGGGGCCUGGCCGUGCUGCCAGUCAUCUACGCAGUCUCCCUGCUCUUCUGCUCGCUGCCGCUGCUGGACUACGGGCAGUACGUCCAGUACUGCCCCGGGACCUGGUGCUUCAUCCGGCACGCGCAGACCGCUUACCUGCAGCUGUACGCCACCCUGCUGCUGCUCCUCAUUGUCGCGGUGCUCGCCUGCAACUUCAGUGUCAUCCUCAACCUCAUCCGCAUGCACCGCCGAAGCCGGAGAAGCCACUGUGGACCUUUUUUGGGCAGUGGCCGGUGCGGCCCGGGGGCCCGCAGGAGAGGGGAAAGGGUGUCCAUGACGGAGGAGACGGACCACCUCAUUCUUCUGGCUAUCAUGACCAUCACCUUCGCCGUCUGCUCCUUUCCUUUCACAAUUUUUGCAUAUAUGAACGAAACCUCUUCGCGAAAGGAAAAGUGGGACCUCCAAGCUCUUAGAUUUUUAUCAAUCAAUUCAAUAAUUGACCCUUGGGUCUUUGUCAUCCUUAGGCCUCCUGUUCUGAGACUAAUGCGUUCAGUCCUUUGUUGUCGGAUUUCAUUAAGAACACAAGAUGGAACACAAACUUCCUGUUCUACACAGUCAAAUGCCAGUAAACAGGCUGACCUCUGAGGUCAGUAGUUUAAAAGUUCUUAGUUAUAUAGCAUCUGGAAGAUCAUUUUGAAAUGGUUCCUUGGAGAAAUGAAAACAGUGUGUAAACAAAAUGAAGCUACCCUAAUAAAAAGGAAUAUACAAACAUUUAGGCUGCGGUCAAGGCUACAGAUGUGCUGAUAAGGCACUUCAUGUAAAGUGUCAGAAGGAGCUAUAAAACCUAUCCUCAAUAAGCAUGGCACUUGGCCUUUGAAGGAACAAUCAGCUGCAUUUAAGAUCUCGUUGCCUUUUGAUUUAAGCUUUCCUUUGAAUGACAAAGCAUGUGGUUUUGUAAUUUGUUUAAAACCCCAAAUAGUGACUGUAUUUUCUAUUUUAAUCUUGCUACUACCGUUAUAAACAUUCCGUGUACAGCCAGACCACAUUAAACAUCAUAAGUAUUCUCUAGAAGUUGAUAUGUGGAAGCAACCAACCUGCUGUCUUGUGAUCACUUAAUGAACCAUUUAUUUGAACAAUGAAGUUGAAAAUCAUAGGCACCUUUUACUGUGAUGUUUGUGUAUGUGGGAGUACUCUCUCAUCACUACAGUGUUACUCUUACAACAGUGAAGUCAGUUGGUUAACAUCAGUUUUGUUUACUCAUCCUCCAGGAGCUACACAUCAACACGUCAGGUUAUUUAUUUUAUAAUGUCCGUAUGCUAACAGUGAUCAAGAAGACUUGUUCUCUCAACAAGCAACAAUAGAAAUGUUUCAAGAGAGUUAAUUCUCAUUAAUAUUCUUUAUCCUAUUUCCAGGGGAGGAUGUACGUGGCCAUGUAUAAAGCCAACUAUUAGGAUUAAAAACUGAAAAAUCUGGUUCAUUCUUCAGAUAUACUGGAACUCUUUUAAUGUUGAUAUUGGGGCCAUGAGUAAAACAGACUUUAUAAGAUGACUGUGUUGUACCAAAAUUCAUCUGUCUAUAUUUUAUUUAGGAAACACGGUUUGACUCAUAUUAUAUGGGAAAUCAUGUAGCAGUGAGUCAUAUCUUAAUAUAUUUCUAAAUGUUUGGCAUGUAAAUGUAAAGUCAGCAUCAAAAUAUUUCAGUGAAUUUGCACUGUUUAAUCAUACUUACUGUGUAGACUCAUCUGAAAUGUUACAAAAUAAACUAUAAAACAAAAAUUUGAAAACAAUACUAUUUUAUGAACUUCCUCAAAUAACAUUUUGCGAUUAAUAUAAACAUAAUAUCUUUUAAAUGAGAUCAAAGUGGAAAAAUUAUAUUUAAUUUGGCAGAUUUGUAAAGUGUGAUUGCCAGGUUUUUAGAGUGUGGUUGCAAAUUAGAGAUUAAAAUAUUCAUUAUAAUAUUUGGUAUUGGAAGAUAUUUUUUUUCCUUCAGUUUUUACCCUUUCAGUAUGGUCUUUAAAAUAGUAGAACCAUCUUAUUUUUUGCAUAGUGUUAUGAUAGGAUAAACAUUUACUUAAAAAAAGAAGAGAUGGAUGCUCGUUUUCUCCAAAGUCUCAUUGUUUAUCCAAAACUAUUUCCUUUAAGUAGUUAUCAAACUAGAUGAUCACUUAGAAUGAUUUCAAACCAAUCUAGGCAACAGUGUAUUUUGAUACAAACAAUCUACGUCAAGUCAGCUCUUAUUUUUAAGAAGAAUAAAUAAGUGGUUGGCUUUUCUACAAAUUUAAACAAGCCAGGCAAAAUUUAACUCAACUAAAAUCUGGACAUGUAAAUAAAUCUUCCCUGUCCACCAGGCAUUCUAAAGUUAAGAAAUUAUUCUAAAUGGAACUAAUUAGGCCCAUGGGUAAUUCCUAAACAUAAAAUUCUGAAGUUGCUUUGAAUCUAAAAGAUUGAUUCCUUUUAUCAGAUGACUUUUUUUUCUCCAGAUGACAAUGUCAACAACAAUUUUUCAGCCCACCUUACCACCCCCCUAAAAUCCCAGAAUAAUGCCUGAGAACUGAAAACAAGAAUGCAAAAUUGGACAUAAUAUCACUAGCAGCAACAAAAUUAUUCACUCUGGGAGCCCAAAGUAUAAGAAUUUAAGCCACUUAUUUGAGCACUGGUAUAUCUAGAACUUUGUUUCCUCAUGUAUUCCUGUUCCAUGCACUGUGCUGAAUGACUAAAUCCUGGUAUUUCAUUUACACCAAUAUAUAUGUAGAAGAACUUGAAAGUAAAAAUCCUCUGUAAUAGUCAUUACCUCCUAUUAAUAGCAAUUUAAAGGUAACUUAGAAAAAAAUUACUAAAAUUAGAUAUGUAAAUAAUCCCUUUCUAAAAAUUCUAUCACAUCAGACAUACCUGUUUAAGUUAUUGCUUCAUUUUCAAGUUAAAUAAAAGAACAGAAUUUACUUAGCCUGAUAUAUUAGAAAACUGAAUUGUGAUAAAAGAAGACUUAGACUUUACUCUUUGCCCUUAAUAGUCAGAAUGAAAAGGGAGAAAGAAACUAUGGUGGGUAUUCCCCGCAGCAUGCCAGCCCUAAGUUUAGGUAUUUGGAUGUGGGAUGGACCAAGCUGUCUGCUCUGAGCUGAGUUAUUCCUAAAUGGUUCAGUGUGGCCCUGGUCAUCUUUUCCAAGAAAGAAAUGGAAAAUUCUGGUGCUAAAUUGUGGCCUUGAAUCUCCAAAAAUCUGAUCAGGAUCUGAGUUUGUUUAGAAGGUACAAGAUGACUCUGGAAGACCUGCAUCACAAAGUGGGUUAGAGCCAUGACAACCCAGAGUGAGACCGAAACUCUAGAAACCACUCCAACCUCAAACCAUGAUGCUUGCAGAGGCCCCAAACCCUGAGGAGGGAGGGCAAAACUGAUUCACAUCGCUACUUGCUCGGUGUAAUUCAGUUAAACCUUGGCGUCUCUGUCUCCUCAGCAUCAGUGCACUUUGAGAGAGGGAUUGUUCUAGCGCUAAUGGCGGAUCAGCUCUGAUCUGAACCAAGAAAUAACAACACAUUCCAGUUUAGAAUUUGACGCCUUUGAAAGGCAGAGAAUAACUCUCACUUAGGCAGAGUUUUGUUUAUUUCACUUAGUUUAAGCCAAAUCUAAUGGUUUUUGGAACUUGGGAAGAGCCGCUACUUAAGCCAUUUACAGAGAGAGAUGCAUUCCUCUCUAUAAAUGAGUAUUUCAUACGUGUCAACUUGCAAUCCUACUCUUACUUGCUCUGUUACAUCUGAAUAAUUUGAUGUCUCUCUUCUGCGUUCAUCAAACACUCACUACAUUGGCUUUCCUUUCAUCACCUAACAGCAUUAUAAUUGAUUUUUAAAUUGACAAGGCAUUUUGAUGACCUAAAAUAUAUACUUUGGAAAGAAGUAUUAUUUUAGCAAUUCACAAAAGCUACAUUUUAAUUUAUACAUGAGCCAAGGUCAUGUAUUAGGCAUUACUUAUUUCUGAAAAUUACUUUUUUUUCCCCUGGCACCUUUUGUGUUAC